CGAUGACAAGCGUCUCAUUCCUAUUCGACUGAUCGAGUCGCUCUUUCCGUCGGAGCCAAACAAAGGCCAUGUUUACCUUGGAGGCCGCGGUGUGGGCUUUGUUACUUUGUAGCUGAAAUCUUCGACCUCGCGCUUUUCCUUUUCCGAACACCCAUCAGUAUAUCGUCCCUAAACUCAGUCAUACCUCUAUCCCAUUAUCACUUUCAUACCUCAAAGUUAUUCCAUAACACCAACAAGUCGGACAGCGCCAUGCCUCCCAUCAUCCACUGCGUGCGCCAUGCGGAAGGCUUCCACAAUCUAAAUGUCGCGGCUCAUGCCCUGCAUGAUCCUCUGCUCACAGCAAAAGGCGAGGAACAAUGCAAGACGCUCCAGUCGACCUUUCCCUCAAUGGAUCACGUCGACGCUGUCAUAGCUUCUCCCAUGAAACGCACCAUCUGGACUGCCCUUCUCUCAUUCGCUCCGGCUAUCAAGAGCAAACAACUCAAGGUAUACGCCCUACCAGAGCUUCAAGAGACCUCAGACCUGCCUUGUGACACAGGAAGUAAAAUUUCGGAUCUCGAGGCCGAGUUCAAAGGUCAACCAAUCGAUUGGAGCUACAUGCAUACGCCUCCUGCCAAAGCCUGGAACGUCAAAUCGGGAAAGUGGUCUGCGACUGCUUCGGCUGUCGAUGAUCGCGCAAGAAUAGCCAGAGAAUGGUUGUACAGUCGCCCAGAGAAGGAGAUUGUUGUUGUUACUCAUGGUGGCUUCCUGCACUACCUUACCGAAGACUGGAUGGAUAAGCACAGCACGGCCGGUAAAGGUUGGCGUAACACCGAGUGUCGCUCGUACACCUUCGGCAAGAACCCCAAGAGUGGUAGACCCAUUCUCCUUGAGACAUCACAAAGCCUGGCAAAACGUGUGGGAAACGACACGCCGCUCAGCAGAGAAGAGCAAACCAACUUGCACCGCGUCAACACAAAGCAAAAGGCCGCAGAGGAGAAGGCCUACCAGAAGGCCACCGGCAUUCAAGCAAAGGUAUAAAUCUAUGCGGCUGCAUGAAUCCCUUUCGCAGGAGCAAGAAAAGCAUGGAAGGCAAUGUCUUGCAUUAUGGCGUGAAGCCGUGAUGGAUUGCGUUGCUUGAAAGCGCUUUGUUGAGGCUCUACCCUGAACUCAAAUAAGACCAGGACAAUCAAGUGGGACUGUUGCAGCAGAAGCGUCAAAGUCGGGAUUUGGGUGGUUACAACUAUGGUUUUUGAUGACUCUAGCGAGGAGAUGG